AUGGCCUCAAUCACCAAGCCAAUCCAGAAGAUCCUGGAUUCAACCAGGAUCGCAUCCUUGUCGAAAUUUGUCCGCCGGCCACCAAUUGAUCCGCAAACACCGAUCCAGGGGAAACUCCGGAACCCCGAGUCAAAUGCAUUCAAGGAGUAUGCGAAGCGCGAGGGUGUGCGGUUGCAGAAGGCAUUGAAUGCCAUCACACACGGAAAGAACAUCUUUGUCUACCACAAUGUUCGCACGAAGCAGGUCGUGUACUCGUUGACCCGGUAUCUGGAGAAAAAUAACGUCCUCAACCAAAUGGUCUACCACGGAAAGAAGACCGUCCCCGCCGAGGUCCGCCGCGACAUGUGGGUGCCAUACUACUCCGUCCACUUCAGCGACUCAAAGCUUGGUCUACGUGCCUAUCAGAUGCUCCGCGAGUUCUCAAUGCAGCGACAACUCGCCCCGCCCAAAGAGAUGAUUACCGUGACAGAAGAAUUCCUAGCGGCCAAGAGGCCGAAGGGCCUCGUUGAAGCCGAAUUAUAUGACAGGAUGAACAGAAAGCGGGUCGGCAACACCAUGGAGAAGAAGGAACGCGCUCGCGCGCUCAUGGACCAGAAGGCGACCUCCGUCGCGGACAUUGCGGCUGUGCUGUCUAUCCAGCAAGAAGAGAUCGCCAAUGGACUGCUGAGCCGUGACGGUUCGCGUGGAUAUCUUACUCGGAAGGCGCGCCAGCGUAGGCGCGAGGCUCUUCACCAGGACCAGGAGAGAGCGAAGGAGAACGCUGCUCGCAUUGGGGUGCUUGAGGGAUACCUUAGCAAGCGCAGUGGCGAGGAUGUCAAGAUCGGCGAGGUGGAAAGUGAUUACCCCGAGACUGCCGAGACUGUCAAGAUUCUCUGGCAUGAUGUGCAUGAUGCACACUACGCCGAGGCAUGGGAUUCUAGUGUUCAACACGGCAAGCUGGAGCGCACUCGUAACAGCAUCAUCCCCGGUGAGGCGCGUCUCGCCAACCCUGACCUUAUUGCGGAUAAUGAGUUCAAGGAGCAGAAGGAGUAA